AUGACGAUUGAAAAUGUGACUUCGAAAACCUGUAUCACCACUUCUACUACAGAAACGGGAAUUAUUUCGGUCUCACUUCCUGCAGCAAUGAGUACCAAUGAUGAAGGAACACCGUACAUCAGUUCUCAGUUACCACGAUAUCUUCAUGCCGAUAUCUUCCAACAAUCAACACAUAAUCCGUGGUUUCAACCUUGGCUAUCCACAGUUCGUCCAUCAAUUGCUCAACAACAAAAUUUGGCACAUAGUGAUGACAAAAAACAGACAGAAAGAGUUCAUGAAAUAAUAUCAGCUUCAACGAAGAAUCUCUUCCAGUUAGUAUCCGCUUAUUCACAGCGAAACAAAAAUCUACAAUAUGAAACAAUUCAAGUAAUUCCAGAUGGCGUUCAUGUUACCGGGAGUUCACCAGAAACUCAUUUGGUAACUGAUAAUUCAAAAACAAUGAUCGAUGCAGUCGACAAUGACUAUGACGAUGAUAAUGACGAUGAUGAUGAUGAUGAUGAUGAUGAUGAUGAUGAUGAUGAUGAUGAUGAUGGUAAUGAUGAUAAUGACGAUGACGAGGAUGAUGACGAUGUUGGUGACGAUGAUGAUGGCGAUAUUGCAAUACGUGCAAGUGACGAUGAAAGUACCAUUUUAUUAUCUGGAUCUACCAUUCCACGCAAGAAGAAAACUCGAACAGUUUUCAGUCGUCAGCAAGUGUCCCGACUGGAAAUGACCUUUGACAUGAAGCGAUAUUUGUCCAGUCAAGAACGUGCAUAUUUGGCCUCGACUUUACAUCUUAGCGAAACGCAGGUGAAAAUCUGGUUUCAAAACAGGCGAAAUAAGUGGAAACGUCAAGCGGCAAGCGAUGUCGAUAGUUCAAGUGCGAUGAAUAUUCAUCGAUCACACAUUUUUGCCUCAAAUAUGCAGCACAUUAGUGAUACAUCAGAACGAUUUUCAGGAAAUAUUACAGUCACAAAUAGCUUAUCGGUAGCGCCUUUUGCAAGCAUCGCUCCAUCGCUCUUACACCCAGCAAUCUUAUUUCAUGCCAAUCCAACAGCAACACCGGCAUCAACAACAUCAAUAUCACCACAAGCAAUCAUCAAUUUCAGUAAUGCAGAAAAUGCGGCAGCUGCGGCGAAACUAUUUUAUAGCACUUAUGGCAGUAGCGGCACCGGCAUCACUGGCCCCAAUGCACAGCUCACAUAA